AUGAUCGAAACGUACAGCCAACCUUCUCCCCGAUCUGUGGCCACUGGACCACCAGCUACUAUGAAAAUUUUUAUGUAUUUACUUACUCUUUUUCUUAUCACCCACAUGAUUGGGUCAGCACUUUAUGCUGUGUAUCUGCACAGAAGAUUGGACAAGAUAGAAGAUGAAAGAAACCUUCAUGAAGAUUUUGUGUUCAUGAAAACAAUACAGAGAUGCAGCAAAGGAGAAAAUGCUUUAUCCUUACUGAACUGUGAGGAAAUUAGAAGCCAGUUUGAAGCCUUCGUGAAGGAAAUAAUGCUAAACAAUGACCAGGGGAAGAUGAAAGAGACCAGUUUUGAAAUGCAAAAAGGUGAUCAGGAUCCUCAAAUUGCGGCACAUGUCAUAAGUGAAGCCAGUAGUAAAACAGCAUCCAUUCUACAGUGGGCCCAAAAAGGAUACUACACCAUGAGCAGUGACUUGGUAAGCCUGGACAAUGGAAAGCAGCUGGCCAUUAAAAGACAAGGACUCUAUUACGUCUACACCCAAGUCACCUUCUGCUCCAACCGAGAAGCUUCGAGUCAAGCUCCAUUUAUAGUCAGCCUCUGCCUGAGGUCCGCCAGUGGAUCAGAGAGAAUCUUACUUAGAGCAGCCAACACCCACAGCUCAUCCAAACCUUGCGGGCAACAAUCCGUUCACUUGGGAGGAGUAUUUGAAUUGCAACCAGGAGCUUCGGUGUUUGUCAAUGUCACUGACCCAGGCCAAGUGAGCCACGGGACCGGCUUCACGUCUUUUGGCUUGCUCAAACUCUGA